GGCAAACCAAGACAUCCGACGGAAAGCACCGGAAAUGAACUCAAUAGCGAGGCAAGUAGCGUCCCUCUUCCGCCCCUCGAGUAACUCACUCGAUUCGCUGUGUCGAGAUGGUCACCAGAUUCAGCAAUGGCGAGGGAUACGAGUGAAGGUAAUUAACGGCAACCUGGAGCAGGCGCUUAGGUUUAUGGAGGGCAAGAUGAAAUCGAGUGGGAUCGAACGAAUGAUAAAGCGCGUGGACACUCGCCACAUCAAGGACUCAGAGAAGCGCAUAUUGGCGCGGAAGAAUCUUCAGCGCAGGCUCCAGUCCCAGGAACUCAGUCGCAAGCUCAAGUCCAUUCUCAUUAAGAAAGUCAGGGGUCUAUGAAGUUUUAGAGAAAUUCUGUUGAUGGAGAAAGGACUUAUAAGUUGCAAUCACCGUGCAGGUGGCCUCAUUUCACUUUUGUAUUUCAGGGGUUGUGCCGCAGUUUCUUCUUUUCUGUUUGCAUGGCUUGGCCCCUAUAAUGUCUGGCCAAAGAUAUAUUGAGGUUAAAUUUAUGUAAGUUGGGAUGACUGCAUGGCAUUGCAGUUUGUUUUGAUACUCCAGAUGUGCUGUCAUUGACGUUAAGACGAUUAAGAACAAUUGAUAAUUUGGGGGGUAAUCACCUUACAGUUACAGCUGUUUGAUUUUUUUCCCUACCAUGGAUGACGGUACAAGUCUAGAUGAAGAUGCUGAUGAAAGUUGGGAUGGGGUAUGAUCUCACAUGCUAAUUUUGCAAGUGAAAAAUUGGAAACUAUUCUUUUUUCCUGAUGAGUUUUGCCAAA